CGGAAGCGAUUUUGUGUGGCGCUGUGCGGGGACCCGGUGUGUGGGGCGCUAGCGAUGGGGCGCCGCCGCCUCCUCCUCCUCCUCCUCCUCCUGAGCGAGCCCUGCUGGUGGUUUCUGCUGCUGGAGGCGCUGGCGACGGAGGGCUUGGGUGCAGCCGGCAGCGGAGGGGCAGUUCAGCUGCCCCUCGUCAUCAACACCUGGGCAUUUAGGAAAGCUACCGAAACAGCUUGGAGUACCCUACAGGCAGGAGGCUCUGAACUAGAUGCAGUAGAGAGAGGUUGUGGCCAAUGUGAGAUUGAGCAAUGUGAUGGAAGUGUGGGGUAUGGAGGAAAUCCUGAUGAACAUGGAGAAACAACAUUGGAUGCCAUGAUUAUGGAUGGUAACACUAUGCAAGUUGGGGCAGUAGCGGAUCUCAGACGCAUUAAAAAUGCUAUUGGUGUGGCACGAAAAGUGAUGGAACAUACAAGGCAUACCUUAUUAGUUGGAGAGUCAGCCUCACUGUUUGCAGAAAGCAUGGGAUAUCCAAGUGAAGACUUGACUACACAGAACUCUCUUUCAAUAUAUUUAAAGUGGCUUAAUCAAAACUGCCAGCCAAACUUCUGGAAGAAUGUUACACCAGAUGCUUCAAAAUUAUGUGGGCCGUACAAACAGGCUGCAGAGUUCAGUAAAGAAGAAUGGAACAUCUCAAAGAGAAGAAUACACAUUCACAAUCAUGAUACUAUUGGCAUGAUUGUGAUUGGCCAGACUGGAAGCAUUGCUGUAGGAACAUCUACAAAUGGUGCAGAUCACAAAAUCCCAGGGCGUGUUGGUGACUCUCCAAUAGCUGGAGCUGGAGCAUAUGCUGAUAGUACAGCCGGAGCUGCAGCUGCCACUGGAGAUGGGGAUGUUAUGAUGCGCUUCUUGCCCAGUUAUCAAGCAGUGGAGUAUAUGCGUACAGGAAUGGAUCCAGCUAUGGCAUGCCGAAAUGUGAUUUCUAGAAUUCGGAAAUAUGACCCCUACUUCUUUGGUGCUGUUAUCUGUGCCAACACAACUGGAAGCUAUGGAGCUGCCUGCAAUAAAGUUCCAGGAUUCACACAAUUUCAUUUUAUGGUUUCUAAUCCCACUCUGAGGCAAACGUCUGAAAAAAUAGUGGACUGCAUUUAAUUCCCGCCCUACCUUAAUACCAGCAUCUAAAUUUAACACAAGGGAAGAAAUGAAGACUCACAUUGUAAUCCUAUUCAUGACUACUCAGUAAGAGGCCCCAUUGAAUUCAAUGUGAUUUGAUAAAUUCAAUUUCCUUGGUAAAUCAAUAUAGAAUUGCAGCCUAAAUUAAGCUUGCACAUACAGCUUUCUCUUGAAACGUAUAGGGGACAAUCAGUGUAUGCCAAACAUCCUUAUUACUUGUCUAAUUAAGUUUUGCUUUCUUGUAUGGCCAACACUUAUGUAAAUUUGAACUAGAUGGUCUGAGGAAAGCAACUCAUUUAAAGACUGCCAUGUUAUUUCUCAAGUUCUACCAAAGAUGCCUACCAUCUGAGAGAGAGGCUAAAUGAGUGUGUCACAUGAAGCUACUUGGAACUGAUCCACAAAAUAACUUUCCUCAAUGAAUAUUAGCUACUGGAGCUCUGAUUAUAUGCCUGAAUGAAGAAAACUCCUGAAAUAGGACACACGAUUGUGACAAUUUUGUCGGAACAGCAAGAAAAAUAGUUUCAAGCAUGGAGGAGAAAAUCAUUUGAUCAGACGGGAUUUUGUUAGAUGCUGAUUUACUUUUUUUUUCUUCAUAAUUAACAAUCUGAUGCAAGCAAAGCCAUCUAUCAAAUCUAUGAAUGCUGAGCUUAUCUGAGCCCUAGAAGGGCCAUCUUAAUUGAAAAUUAUUGUGUGUGUUUUGAAUAAAACAAAAAGGCUUUUUUAAAAAAGCAAUUAAAUAUACUAAUGCUUUUGAAACAAAAAACAAUAUGAACUGGGGUGUGUACCCCCAGCCACAUUAGAUGUAGUUUGCCCCUAUUUCCUCUUAAAUGUUGCCAUGUACAAUCAACUUAAUAUUUCAUCGGUUUUAUGGAGCAGCUAACAUCUGACAUUCUAUCAUAAACCUCACUGGAUGACCUUGAGCUGAUGGCUCAGUCUAACCUAUCUUACAAUGUUGGUGAAAUAAAGUGUAACCUGAGAUAUGUAUCCCUGUGCACUCCCUACCCCAAAAUAGCAGAAUUUGAUAACUGCCUAAUCCAGACCCUUCCUUAGAUUCCUGUUCAUUUCCGUUGUUUCCUUAUUUCUGGCUCCCCACCAGAUCUUCCUUAACAUUUCAAGCCAUAGGACCAUAUUCAGAAACUUAGUUCCAAACUCUGCUGCACAUGGGGUUAUUACAGUUAGACCUGAGACCAACAUUAGGUCAUCCUUACUCAGAUGUCCAACACACUGGGCCUUGUACCACACUUCUCAUUUCACAUCUUCAUGAGUAAACCAUUGGAUUUCCAGUAUGUGUUUUUGUCCGAUGGCAGAUUGUGGCUAUCUCCUGGUAUCUGAGACUAGAGCAGAAGACUAUACUAUGUCCAGACAUAGUAUAGUCUGUGAAAAUUACUAUGAAUGUGUGGCUUUUCAGUCUACAAUCAGUCUGUGUCUAAUCUCCAAUAAUAGAGUGCUAUUUGAAAUCCAAAGAAUUGCUGUGUUCUGUACCUCCAUCUUAAGAGCUACAAAACUGCACGUGAUGGUUGUCACAUAUUUAAAGAAGUGUGCAUAACUGGCUCCUAUUUUGGAGAAAAAGCAGCUAUGGGCCCCCAAUCCAGAACAUGUUCCAGAUCCAGAUGGUGGCUUGCACUGGUUUUCUACUGCAAAUCGCACUCUUCUGAUCAAUUUCUCCCCCGCAAAUUGCUGUUUACCAUGCAGGGCACCCUGCCUUGAACCCAUGUUUUUGUGCUAUGAGUGGCGGAUCUGUAAUUUUUCUAGUUCAGUCAGUGGUGACAGAUGUGCUCUGUGAUUGGAUGGUGGUUUUGUGGGUGUCCUCUUUAAAAACCAUAUGAAAACAUGAGGAUCCCUUUUUGAUUUCACGGAUCCUUGUUUUAUGCAGGCCCCACUUUUGGUUUUUUCCUUUGAUACUAUUGCUAAUUAGGGGCAUCCAAUAUUACAUUAUUGCUAUUGUUUUUUUCUUUGCUGCUGACCACUGCUCCUUUUCUAUUUUAUAUAUUGGUGUACUGUUGAUUUUAUGAUAUUAGUAGCCACUUUGGAAGUCCCACUUCUGGGACGGAAGGGUGGGGAAUGGUUUGUUUUUUGUUUGUUUUAAAAUCCAAAUAAUGGUGACACCAGGUCCUUUGUGAAGUCAGAAAAAACUUCCCCAUCAUCACCUGGUUCACUGCUUGCUAAUUUACAUGCCAAAGUUCCAUUGGGCAGAAUGAGACUUUUCAUGGGUACCUUGGUGCUUCUCCAAACCCCAGCUCAUUCCAAUAAACCCAGGAGAAAGGGCUUCAUCGUUAGCCUACAACUGGGCUGGGAACCUCAAGCCCAGGGGCCAAAUCCAUCCCUCUAGGAGUAUCAAUUCAGCUUCUUGGGGUUGCCAAGAUGACCAUAUCCAUUUUCCUCAACAGCAUGCUAUUUAGUGGUUUCAUGCUUUUGUAGUUUUUUCCUCCCAUUCUGAAAGGUUUAAGUGCCUCUCCUAAGGC